AUGAGCAUCCCCGGCAAAAGAUUCAAGGUCUGUACCUUGUCCGCGAGCGAUCCUCUCUAUUGUGAGGCGCAGCACCUCAUUCGCCGGCAUAUUGGGAACGAGGGAAUCGCAGAUAUCUUGUUACGAAACUUGCCAGAGCCACUCGAGUUCAAUUCCCCACGGGUUAACGGAGUGGAUGAUCCGCGGAAUGGGGUUUUGAUGAGGCUGGGCCUACACCGCCGGUACGAUGUGGGCGCACUCGCUAUGAUGGUGACUCCAUACUGCGUCCUCGACACCAAUGACAUUGUUGCCCCGGCGUCUAGAAUCUUGAAGCCAGGAACGGCAUACCCCGCGCACGCGCGCUAUACUGGCCAAUGGUUCAAUAUGGCGACAUUCCAGGAGGAUGCUGUCCAUGGCAUCCCUGACAACAAAAAUCCGGACGAAGUCCUCGGACUGUCGGGGAGUGUUGAACCACAACCGUCACCUGUAUCUCCCUCCCCUCCCCCCUCUAACUCCAGCCAAUCGGAUGCCUCCCCCACUUCGCCCAACUCUCAUGUCGAGCUCACCAGCGAUUUUACGGAUGACGCAAGUGAUGAUGGACACAGCCCGAUUGAUCCCGUAACCCCACCAUCCGCACACUUGGUGUUGUACCAUUGGAUCUGCGCCUUCACGAUUGCGUUCAGUCACAAUCCGCCCCAGCUGACGCGUUGUCCCUCGAAACGAAGACCAGAAAAGGAUAUCUAUAAACCCCUGCCCUCCAUCCAGGCCAACGACGAACAAUCCGAAGACGAAUUCGAUACCCCAGACGACGACGACAAAUCAUUGUCUCCAGACGUCUAUCGCAAGAACAUUUACCCCGUGAUCGUGGCGCUUUGGGCUGGUGUGAAGCGGGCAGAACGGCACUCUGCUACCGCACCCUGGGCAAAUCAGGUUUCCUUCCCAUAG